AUGGACCUCCCCCGCCCUCAUGGACCUCCCCCGCCCUCAUGGACCUGCUCCGCCCUCAUGGACCUCCCCCGCCCUCAUGGACCUCCCCCGCCCUCAUGGACCUCCCCCGCCCUCAUGGACCUGCCCCGCCCUCAUGGACCUGCCCCGCCCUCAUGGACCUCCCCCGCCCUCAUGGACCUCCCCCGCCCUCAUGGACCUCCCCCGCCCUCAUGGACCUCCCCCGCCCUCAUGGACCUGCCCCGCCCUCAUGGACCUCCCCCGCCCUCAUGGACCUGCCCCGCCCUCAUGGACCUCCCCCGCCCUCAUGGACCUGCCCCGCCCUCAUGGACCUCCCCCGCCCUCAUGGACCUCCCCCGCCCUCAUGGACCUCCCCCGCCCUCAUGGACCUGCCCCGCCCUCAUGGACCUGCCCCGCCCUCAUGGACCUCCCCCGCCCUCAUGGACCUGCUCCGCCCUCAUGGACCUCCCCCGCCCUCAUGGACCUCCCCCGCCCUCAUGGACCUCCCCCGCCCUCAUGGACCUCCCCCGCCCUCAUGGACCUGCCCCGCCCUCAUGGACCUGCCCCGCCCUCAUGGACCUGCCCCGCCCUCAUGGACCUGCCCCGCCCUCAUGGACCUGCCCCGCCCUCAUGGACCUGCCCCGCCCUCAUGUGUCUCGUUAG